GGGUCUCGUGGCGCGGGCUGACGUGUGAGCCGGCCCGAAGCAGCGGGGCCGAGCCGCGGGGCCGCCCCUGCCAGCCCGGCCGCCCUGCCCCUGCCCCCGUCACCGCCCCGGCCGCGCACCCCGCCGCAGCCCUCCGCGGACACAGCACGGUGUUCACAGGCAAGUUCAAGUUUAUCCAGACAGCCAUGGCAGAAGGUGGAUUUGAUCCUUGUGAAUGUAUUUGCUCACAUGAACAUGCAAUGAGAAGACUGAUUAAUCUGCUGAGACAAUCCCAGUCAUACUGCACAGAUACAGAAUGCCUUCGGGAAUUGCCAGGACCAAAUUCCUCCAGUGACAAUGGCAUCAGCUUUGCCAUGAUAAUGAUGGCCUGGGUGGUGAUUGCACUUGUCUUGUUCUUACUGAGACCCAGUAACCUGAGAGGAUCCAACACAGCCGGGAAGCCAACCAGCCCACAUAAUGGACAAGAACCACCAGCCCCACCAGUGGACUAGAGCGUUCAGUAUUGGAAAAGUUCAGCAGCCAAAACGUUGCACGACCAAAUGAACGAAGUGACCAGAUUACUCCUAAACCCCAUUCAAUACUGUUUUCUUUUUGCAUUUAUAUAGAGCAGAAGUACCAUUCAGCAGUUAUCUUUAUGAACUGCCCUUAGCGACUUCAAUUUUAAGUUAAUUUUUGCUAUCACAAUUCCUGGUAGAUAGUAAUUUGAAUGAUGAUAGGCAUUGCAGGGGUUUUUUGGUUGUUACUGCUACUGCGGACAUUCCACUCAGUCUCUCUGUUACAAUGAUCUUAAUUUCUUUGCAGUGAUUUCUGAUAUGCAUUGAAAGGAAAAGAAAAACCCUGUCCUUCUAUAAUAAUGGAAGGUUACUGACCUUUCUUCAGACUAAUUCUUCAGACAUGUUUUUUUCUCCAGUGUGCUUUUGAGAGUUAUAUUAUGGUUGCAACUGCUAGCAUAGUUAUGUGGUGAAAAAUUGAUACUAUUUUAUAUUUGCCCUGGAUUCAGAGCUGUUUUUAGUCUGGUCUUUGGACCACUAAUAUAGUUUUCAGGGUUGUUGGCAAAAGCACGAAUUGUCCACUAGAAUUAUACUCUGUGUGUGUGUGUGUGUGUGUGUGUGUGUGUGCAAAGAAGUGAAAGUUAUAAUUGCCACUGUCAAAGCUUUGACAUAUAUAAUGGGAACUUUACACAAGAGAUUAUAUCACCAAAAAUAAAUUAACUUAGUCUUGUUCGUUAAUAAAUUAUGCAUCUUAUUCAAUAUAUUAUUAAAAAAAAUUAUUCCAAAAAUUGUUCUGUUUACUUAUAGACUUUAUGAAAAGAUAAACUCAGUGGGAAGAACCUGGUAGAAUUUUCUGUUCUGGUAUAGUCCUUUAAUAAUAGGUAUCUUAACAAGUUUUUAGCCAUGAUGUAAUGUAUAUCAGACAGGAUGAAAUAAUUUCAAGAGGUUACCAAGGUUACCAACUUCUAGCAUUCAACAAAUACUGGAUAUUCAGGUUUUUCACCUGCAUGUUAUCAGCAAUUCUUAACAUUUCACCCUUAUCUACUGGUUGUAAUUGUAGAAUAACAAACUUGCAGGUGACUACAUAUGGCAUGUCUUGUCCCUCUAAUAUUUGUGUGUAUGUGUGGUGUGUUUAUGUGUGCGUAUGUGUGGCUGUGCACCUCUCUGUGCACAUCUCCCAUUGUAGCAAAUGGGAAUGACUUUUAUAUGUACAUUAAUUUAAGAACACUUUAAAGAUGUACAGAAAAGUAACACUGUAUAUUUUUCUUGAUCAAUUUGAAAAAUUGAUGAGAAUAAUGUAAACAGCAUUUUUAUGUUACCAACAUGGAGCUUCUUUCCGAACAGGUCAGUAGAACAGACAUGUGAAUUCAGAGCCUUACUUCACAAACCUUUAUUUCAUGAGGACUUUAGUUACAGAGCUGAAAGGACUGACUGUUAUGAUGCAUAAAGGUUUGAAUUAAUGGGCUCCAACAAAAAUCUCACAUCAGAUGUGAUGGUUGACAGGUGCAGGGUUUUCCUCCUCAGGGUAAAUGACGGGCCAGCUAAGCCUCCUUGUAAAGUACUGCAUAGACCUGAAGAAAGGCCUCUGUAAAUGGAUGUAAUUGCCCUCUGAAUUUCUGUGGAAUAGUGUGCUCCUAAGCACAGGAACAUGUGUUAAAAAAAAAAUAGAAAAAAGAAAAAAAUAAUUAAGAUUGGGCCAGGUGCUCUCAGUGGCAUCAGAACAGUGCCAUGUAAAGCAGUGGAGCUGCAGCAGACAAGCUGAGAGAAUUUGUCCUUUACACCUAAUGGUGUACAGGCCAUAAACACUGUGUAGAGGUGUCACUGGGACAAGCAAUCUGACUGUGCUUGCUUUUUGCCUUCUGUGUACAUUUAUGUUCAGGAUACUGUUUUGAAAAGAAUGAUUAAUAAAUACAUCCAACCAACAAAAAAAAUACUUAUAAUAUCCUACAAUGACCUUUUCUCCAAGAAUUUUUGGCCAGAAUUCUUCACUAUUGGAUGCAUAAAACAGGCUUCCAGUUGAUUAAAAAGCCAACUGAAAAUGGCUUCAUUUCAGACAAAGCACCACUACUCAUCCUUUUGGAAUUUGGUGAGGUUUUCAGCACAUGCUCUCACUUGUGAGGAUCAGUCCUGCUUUACUUGUGUGUAUUUAUAAAACUCACCAUGUGCACCCAGCUCUAGCAGCCUCGGCAAAUGAACUUUCUGUUCAGAGCAAUGCUGUGUUUUACAUUUGAACAAACUGUCUUUGCUUGAAAUUCCUCUUAAGUAAUUGUCCCAGUGAUUUUAUACAUGUAUGUGUUCCUCAUGUAAAUUGCUAUUUUAGAUUUUCUAUGGAAAAGGAAAAACAUUGGAAAUAUUUUAUUGUAAAAUGUUUUACUAAAGAGCCAGGCCACUAUCCCAUGUCAAAAUGUAUGCCUUUUAAUUUCAGAUAAUCUCUCCAAGAUACAAUUAGAAUUAAAGUAACUAAUUUUAGGACUGUAUUUUGCCACUCUUAUUCAUGUUAAAUAGUGCCUUACUCAUCAAGUAGUUGCACCAAAGUUUGUGGGACUACUCUGAGAUAAUGUACUAGUAGCAGCUUUAGUAAGGGUGGCAGAAAUCUGGCCUUUAGUGAUGUAGUUUGUAAUGAAAUAAUUGUAUCAUGGUUACAGAUGUUUAUGAUAAAUUUUGAGAAGAAAUGUGGAAGAUAUUAGUGGUAUGUGGAGCUUCAGGAUAUGAUUAAUUCUGUAAUGACGAUUUUAAGCUCAGUUAGUAAGAGACACAAGUUGUAGCAACUUGUGAAAUACGGAAGGAAGUUUACAAUUAUACCUUAGUGUAGAAUUUUGUUUAAAAAAUAGUAUUUUUAGAGUCUGCUUAACAUAAUUAUACUCUGAAAUGAGAAAUCAUAUGUAUUCAUGCAUUGUCUGCAGAUCACUUAGCCUUGUAAUGUUUAUGAUCGAAAAGGAAGGGUGAUGAUGUGACGUACCUAAUGUAAAUCGGUGGUUUCAGAUGUCUGAAUUAUGCCAAACAAAAAAAUAAUCUGUGCCAUUUGCAUUUUCUUAGUAAUCUUUUACUGAGUACUUGGAUUGGGAUAAAGGGCUUGUACUAUGCACUUUUUAUUGACUUAACAAAAUAAAUAGCAAUCAUUAGUAA